GCCCGAAACUCAAAUGGUCAACAGUUAACAUCUGGACAUUUGGCAAGAUGCAUCUGAAUCUGAAUUAUUUCAUUGGUCUGCUACUAGUGCUGCUUUGCAGCUCCUUUGCGGUGGCCUAUCCCCAGGGCCCUGGAUGUGGCCCCCCACCAAGUGGCACCCCUCCCCCGGGCCCACGACCAUCUGGUCCUCCACCUGGAGGUCGCUGCGGACCACCACCAUCGACCACGGCUGCGUCCACUGGUUAAAUGUGUCCACCUCUGCGGCUUACGACUCCCAAUUCCCAGCAAUAAGGCCUACUGAAACGUCACCUAGAAAAUCCCUUUAAGUAUCUUUUUUUUUUGUCAAUCAAAUUAGAUGAAAAAGUAUAUGUAUGUGUGCAUAAUAGCUGAAUCCGAAAUUACUUUCAAUGGGUGGUUCUGAUAGCGCAUAUAUUUAGCUUCAAAUAAAAUCUAUUUCAGUGAAAA